AAACCCUAGUAGACUACCCAGUCCAGGCAGAAGGCUGUCGCCCCGCCCCCCAGCUACUUGUUUCCACCUCUGGGAGCUUCACCUCUCGUCCCUCCGGCAGCCUAUCGCGGUCUCAUUUCUGCCUCUUGGCCCUUUCUCCGGCCACGCUCUAUCCCUUGUUGUCUCUCUCUGCCCUCCUGUAGUUUCGACUCACUGGAGGUCUAACCUCCACUGUCCAGGCUCUUCUCGGUUGCCAAGAAUUUGGUCUCUUGGGUAACUGUUCUCUGCUGCAAAUUCUGGUGGCAUACCACAGAAGAAGAGGAAGAAGAUGUGGUAUCUGUGUGUUUUCUUCCACAGAUUGUUAGAUUACAGGAAACCAGAAGUAGAGUCUCUGGCAGAACUUUUUGGGGUUUCAGAAUCUUUGGAGUGGAGGCUUCCCCAACAUCACCAUCCUGACUCUCCUUUUCAUUUUGUCAAUCUACCGAAUGAAGAGGCCGCCCUAAACAUCGCCAAUAGAAGUAUACUUGUAAAAGGAAUUUAUGAACUUUGGGGAGAAGGAAGUAACUAUGAGGAAUUGGAAGAAGCAAUAAUGAGAUAUCCAGAUGAUAGAAAGUUGCCAUAUUUAACUUCUGAAAGUACAUUCAAGAUUACUGUUGAUAGCUUUGGAAAGGUGAUUAGCUUCCAAGAGCAAAAUGAACGUAUGAAGGGUCUUGCUUAUAUCCCUUUCAAGGGUCGAGUUAAUUUAAAAAAUCCAGAACAUAAGUUCUGGUUAAUGGAAACUGAUGAUUAUGGAGCUAAUAAUGGGUUGCCACCAAUUGUACAAAGAAGAAUCUUCUUUGGUCGGGAGGUUGGUGGUGCAGACAGGAAGCUCUUACCAACUUACCAGUUAAAAAGCCGCACGUAUCUUGGCCCAACAGCUAUGGAUGCUGAAAUUGCUUUCUUAAUGGCCAACCAGGCAUUGGUCUCACCAGGAAAACUCAUCUAUGACCCUUUUGUUGGCACUGGAAGCAUUCUGAUCGCUGCAGCUCACUUCGGAGCAAUGACAAUGGGUGCUGACAUUGAUAUUAGAGUGGUACGUGAUGGACGUGGCCCUGAUUGUAAUGUUUGGAGCAAUUUCAAGCAGUAUGGAUUGCCUAUGCCGAUUGGUCUCUUAAGGGCGGACAAUAAUCUUCCUCCUUGGCGUCCCGGAUUGAAAGAGGUGUUUGAUGCCAUAAUCUGUGACCCUCCUUAUGGGGUUCGUGCUGGGGGCCGCAAGUCUGGUGGCCGAAAAUUGCUGAAGGGAGCUGUAGGCCCUUACACUGUUCCUGAUGACAAGCGAACUGACCACAUACCUUCAACUGCGCCUUACAGCUUAGCUGAGUGCAUGCAUGAUUUACUUGACCUUGCUGCUAGGAUGCUUGUAAUGGGGGGCAGACUUGUGUGCUUUUAUCCUGUACUAAGAGAAGAUGAUACCAUUCAAAUUCAAUUUCCAGAGCACCAGUGUUUUAAAUUGGUUGCUUCUUCUGAACAGAUACUAAGUUCACGUUACAGCCGGGUAUUGUUAACCAUGGUGAAGAUAAGUCCAUAUACAGAUGAAAUUGCUGAAGCUGCUAGAUUAAUGCACUUGGAGUUCAAGGAGAACCAUCUAAAGUGGUUAGAAGAAGGUAACCUUCAUUCUUCUGUUUUCAUGCCUGCAGAUCAAAUAACUGCAGAUGAUUCCAAGGCAUUUAAAGAACUGAAACCAAAGUAUAGAGGUAAGUAUGUGUAGUCCUAACUGCAUUUGUAGGCAAUUUUGCUAGGGCAUUAAUAUUGAGUAUUUCAUUUUGAUCACCAAUGUAUUUUUUUUUUCUUCCAAUUAUAGGAGCUAUUUCUAGCUCAGUGCAAUAGUAUAAUUAUCGGACUUACAACCAGAAGGAUGUAGAAUUGAAUUUUGAGACUAGCCAGUUAAAUGCAAAAUUGUUGCAGGAUAGGAUGUAUCCAAA